CACUCUGUAGACCCAAACUCUGUUUACCCCUCUGUGUGUGUGUGUGUGUGUGUGUGUGUGUUGAUUUUACAGCACCACUGGUGUACCAUUCAGACAGAAUUAGUACCCCAAACACGUGUGUGUUCAGUACCGUGCUCGGAGGACGUGUAUAAUAUUUCUGAUUGAUUGCCAUGAAAAGAAAUCUGUGUGUCACAUCACAGAAGUAGGCAUGUCUUCACCAUGUACAAAUACAACACACACCUCAUCCUAAUAUAUUUGUUUUGUUGAUUGUUUGUAGAGGGACUGGCUCUGCUUGAUCAUUAGUAGGUCACAUAACCACAACAUGAAAAAGCAAUUUCCUCAAACAGGACAUAGCGAAACAUGUCACUUCUCACAGGAUAUACAUCAUUUUAUUUUUUUUUCAAAGCACAGUCACAUGUGUCACAUGUAAUCUUUUCAGACGUGUGCACACGCAACAUGUAAAAAUGACCAAAAAAUCCAAGAGAUACUCUGGAAUAAGUCGAGUAAACUAACACAACCUAAAUAGGACUUUUUUCCACGUUGCUACUAUCAGCGUUUGAGGAACCUCAGGGCUCCAGUUCAGGGUCAGUUUCAUUCCUGGUUCAUGUUACUGUUAGCUCAGAUUUCUAAUGUUCUGCUGAUGAAGCUUGACGAAAUUUAUUUUUCACUGCUGCUUUAAGAGCUUCAACAACCGACUCAUGGAUCUUGGAAAAAACUUAUAUAACAAGUUUAUUUCCUCAUGUUUCCUGAUUAGUGUCUUGAUCAGGAAGUUGAAAAUGCUGCUGUGGUGUAAAUCAGAGCGAUAUUACAUUCCUCUUUCCUGCACCGCUUCCUGGUUCACUUCUUAAACGUAUUGUUUGUUUACUUUUAAGGCUCUCAUUGGAUGAGUUUCCUUUCACAUUGCACAAUUCCUAAAACCCUGAUGACUUUUAAACCAAGCCUCUUUUCUGUCUCUGAGUGAAUCACUGAGUGAGUUAUCUCGGGUCCCGCCCCGAGCCUCAGGAGCCGCCGUCCCAUUGACACAUGGCAUGUUGCUGCUUCUCUUUUCCUUUUUAAGUCAAAACUCCAGUACUGAUUUUUUGCUCAUUAGCAUGUAGAAACCACCCGGGCCUGAGGCAGAUUUGAAGCGUAUUGGCUCAAUACUACACAUUAUAUAUAAAACUUUUUAUACUUUAUUUACAAUACAGUGCUGCUCUGCCUUAUUGAGCUCACUACAUUUUUUUUGUUUUUGUUUUUUAUAUAGCCAUGGGGCAGUUUACACCCAAAACUGCUGGCAUUUCUCUGAUGUGAUAAAUAAAUGAAACUAAGAUUAUUUAUCUCAACAUUAAAGUGAAAAACAAAUAUAAAAGUUUUAGAUGGAAAGAAAAUUAAAAAAAACUUAUAGCAACUAUACACGCCCCUUAUCUAACACUCUUACAUCACAUUUUACUUGUAUUUCAGCUUUUUGGUAAGAGUCCACAUCUACAGAACGUCUAUCUUCAUCAUUCAUUUAUAUUUCACUCUUCCUUAGAAAAAUGCCCCAGAUCUCUCAGAUAGUGAUGAGAUCUCCUAAACUCAGCCCUCUUCAGGUCAUUCCACAGGUUUUUGACAGGAUUUAGAUCAGAGCUCUGACCAGACUGUUCCACAACAUUCAUCUUCUUCUUCUUGAUGUUGUUCCAUUGUUGACUUGGAUUUGCGCUUUGGGUCAUGGAGGUGAAGUUCUUUCUUCAUCUUCAGCUGUCUAAUGGAGACCUGCAGGUUUUGUGCUGUAGUAGAUUGUUAUUUGGAGAAGUCCAUGAGUCCCUCUAUCUUGACUCAAACCUCAGCCCCAGCUAAAGAGAAGCAGCUCCGUAGUGUGAAGCUGCCACCAUGGGUGUGGUGAUUUUUGGGUGAUAAACUGAUUUGUUUUUGCACUAAACAUAUCUUGUAGAAUUACACCCAAGAGGUUCUACCUUGUUCUCAUCAGUCAGGUGGAUUGGGGUGAUUUUAUUGAUCUCUGAUUUUUUUUCCCUGAGGUGUAACUCUAGUUGCUGUAUUUCAUUGUGAAGAACACGAGAGAUUGUUGUCACACCCAGAGAGUAAUCAGUACAUGUCAGAUCUUCCUACAGUUCCUUUAAUGUUGCUGUAGGUCCCUCGGCAGCCUCCCAGGUAAGUUUUUGUUUUGUCCUUUUGUCAGUUUUGGAUGGACGUCCAUUUCCUUUAUGUGCUGAUGAUGAAGAGCUUUUAUAUUCACUGUGUGUGUAUUGCAGUGUGCUUAGAUCAUUUUUGUAGAUGCAGUAAAAGUACACUGAUUGUUUUUUAACAGCUAAAUAGUUUUGACAUUUGAAUGAUUCCUACCCAAGCUCCGCCCACAGGAUGAACUGAGGCUCGUAGAGUGUGUGACAGGAAGAGCAUCCAGACAAAAUCAAGAAUUCCGGACCGGAAAAACACAAAAACGCUUACGCUGACAAAAAGAAAAACACACUGAGAGAGAGAGAGAGAGAGCGACGAGUGCAGAGAGAGUGAUUUAUGGCCUAAGCGUACACCAUAUGUGUGCAGCAGUGAGGGUCGAGCCACGCUGUUAAGCUCUUAAAGGUCACUCACGAAGGGAGGGGACGCGAGCGAGCGAGCGCGCGCGCGGAGUGGCACGAGAAAGUGAGGCAGUGGGACAGUCGACGUUUCGGGUCUGCACUGCAUGAGCUGAGCUUCAUCAUCAUCAUCACCAUCAUCAACAUCUCAGCGCGGUGAGGAAGGUGGAGGUGCGGGAUGCGGGAUGCGCCCGUGAAACUGACACACCGGCCCAUGAUGUGACCACCAAAGAGAACAUUAUCCUCAGUCCACCUGUAGAAAAAGAAGAGAACCACAGCUCCAGUCUUUGUGAAACUGACCUCAUAUCUCUGAGAAUGGAGGAACAUGACGAUGCUGGAAUUAACUGCUCUAAGAUGAAACUUCUGCUUUUGAGUUACUUUUCUUUCAUCCUCUUGUCUGCUUGUGUUUGUGAGAACCUUAAUGUCUUCCAGUCUGAGAGGCCUGAAUGGAGCCUGAGUCACCUGGCUGUCCACCAGGCGAGUGGCGCGGUGUACGUGGGUGGAGUAAACCGUGUCUACAAGCUCUUGUCUGAUCUGUCACCGCUCAUCACGCACAACACUGGGCCGGAACUGGACAACCAGGCCUGUUAUCCUCCUUUGAUCAUGCAGCCGUGCUCCGAGCCUCUCGCCAGAACCGACAACGUCAACAAGCUCCUGCUUGUUGACGACCUGCACAACCGCCUGCUGGCAUGUGGGAGCCUCUACCAGGGCGUGUGCAAGAUCCUGAGACUGGAUGAUUUGUUCAUCUUGGCCGAACCGUCUCAUAAAAAGGAGCACUAUUUCUCCAGCAUGAACCAGACCGGCGGCAUGAGCGGCGUGAUCGUGAGCCGAGAUCGAGGCCGAGACCGCGAGAGAGACGCCACUCUGUACAUCGGCACGUCCGUUGGCGGCAAACAGGACUACUUCCCGACCAUCUCGAGCCGCAAGCUGCCUAAAGACCCCGAAUCGGCGGCCAUGUUGGACUAUGAGCUUCACACCGACUUUGUUUCAUCGCUAGUCAAGAUUCCAUCUGAUACGUUAGCUCUGGUUACGCACUUUGACAUCGACUACGUGUACGGUUUCUCCAGCGGCAGCUUCGUGUACUUCCUGACCGUGCAGCCAGAGACAGAGACCCCCGGAGAGCUCUUUUACACAUCGCGUGUGGUUCGGCUCUGCAAAGGCGACGAUAAGUUUCAUUCGUACGUCUCCCUGCCGCUGGGCUGUGUGAAAAACAGAGUAGAGUACCGUCUGCUGCAGGCAGCAUUUCUGGCUAAAGCCGGGAGCGUCAUGGCCGCAGCGCUGAACAUCACUGAACGAGACGACGUGCUCUUCGCUGUCUUCUCCAAAGGACAGAAACAGUACCGGAGACCAUCAGAUGACUCGACGCUCUGCAUUUUCACCAUCCGGGAUAUUAAUGCUCGGAUUAAAGAGAGGCUGAGAUCAUGCUAUCAGGGGGAAGGAAACCUGGAGCUGCACUGGCUUCUGGGAAAAGACGUUCAGUGCACAAAAGCGCCGGUGCCUAUAGGAGAUGGUUUCUGUGGUUUGGACAUUAAUCAGCCUCUGGGUGGUUUGGAGCUUGUCUCUGGUUUCCCAGUGUACACUGAGACAACAGAGCGCCUUACUGCUGUAUCUGCAUACGUGUACAACGGCUACAGCGUGGCGUUCCUCGGCACCCGAUCCGGGAACAUCCGUAAGGUGCGUGUAGAUGGUGUGUCUGCACUCCUCUAUGAGACGGUGAAGGUGAUGAAGGACGGAAGUUCUGUUCUUCCUGACAUGGCUUUUUCUCCAGACCACCACCACCUAUACACCAUGAGCCGCACACAGGUGGUCCAAAUGCCAGUGGAACACUGUGAGCAAUACAGCCGGUGUGAGGAGUGUUUGAGCUCAGAAGAUCCACACUGUGGCUGGUGUGUCCUCCACAACAAGUGUGUGAGGCGGGACCGGUGUGAGCUCUCAGAUGAACCUUUCCGAUUCGCUGAUGUGAUUGGGCGGUGUGUAAAAGUCUCCGCCCACCCGGACAGCAUCGCCAUGUCCGAGCAUGCUGUCCCACUGCUGCUGGAGGUCAGUAAUGUUCCUGACCUCUCUGCUGGGGUCACCUGCUCCUUUGGGAGCCUGGCACAGGUUGAAGGUCAUGUCAGCGGGAGCAACAUCAUGUGUCUGUCUCCGACUGCCCGGGAUGUCCCACUGAUCCCCGCUGACCAAGACUGGUCAGGUGUGGAGUUAAAGGUUGUUUCUAAGGAGACGGGUCACAUGUUUGUGAGCACUGAGGUGAAGUUCUACAAUUGCAGCACACACACCAUGUGUUUGUCUUGUGUGAGCAGUGCAUUCCAGUGUCACUGGUGUAAAUACAGAAACACCUGCACACACGACCCGAACAGCUGCUCCUUCCUUGAGGGACAUGUCAAUGCAUCAGAGUUGUGUCCCCAGCUGGUACACUCUGGGGAGGUAGUGAUCGCGGCGGGAGAUGUGAAGCCAAUCACGCUGAAGGCCCGGAACCUUCCGCAGCCUCAGUCGGGGCAGAGAGGCUACGAGUGUGUGUUCAACAUCCAGGGAGUGACACAAAGAGUUACAGCCCUGCGUUUCAACAGCACCAGUGUACAGUGUCAGAACCGCUCGUAUGUGUAUGAGGGGAUGAAGGUCAGUGAGCUGGCAGUUGAUCUGUCCAUCGUGUGGAACAACAACUUCAUCAUCGACAAUCCUGAGAGAAUUAAAGUGCACCUGUAUAAGUGUGGUGCUCAAAGGGAAAGCUGUGGUGUGUGUCUGAAGGCUGAGAGGAGGUUCUCUUGUGGUUGGUGUGUGAGCGAGAGUCGCUGUACGCUGCGUAAACACUGCACUUCACCCGGACCGUCACACAGCCCACACUGGCUCGGACCGAACCAACACCACAAGUGUACACACCCCCGCAUCACUGAGGUGUAUCCUCUGUCCGGUCCUCCACACGGUGGGACCAUGGUGACAAUCCGGGGUGUGAACCUUGGCAUGUCUCUAUCAGAGCUGCAGGGGCGGGUGGAGGUGGCUGGAGUCCCAUGUCACACCCGAUCUGAGGGUUACAUCACUGCAGAACAGCUGGUAUGUGAGAUGGAUUCAGCACCUCUGGGCAGAUCUCCUGGUCCAGUGCAGCUGUGUGUGGCAGAAUGCAGGCCAGAGCUAAGCACACAGUCCUCUCAGAUCUACACAUUUGUGAGCCCCGGUGUGUCAGCACUGACCCCGACCCGAGGGCCUGUUUCUGGAGGAACCAAAGUGACCAUACUGGGUCAGUACCUGAGCGCAGGCAGCAGCGUGAACAUACGCUUCGGAAACAACACCUGUGAGUUUUACAGUCGGAGUGCCGCAGAGAUAGUGUGUAUUUCAGCGCCUUCUCUGUACAGCGAGGGCUCAGUGCUGGUUCAGGUCGGAGUUGAUCGGGCCGAGCUCAACACUAAACUGAGCUUUGAGUACACUGAGGAUCCGACGGUACAGAGUGUAGAACCUGAGUGGAGCAUCAACAGUGGACAUACCGCCCUGACAGUGACCGGCACUAAUCUAGAUGUGGUGCAGGAGCCUCGGGUUCGAGUUAAAUAUGGUGGGCGCGAGUCUGUGAACGUGUGUAAGGUGGUAAACUCCACCUCAAUCCGCUGCUCUGCUCCGCCCCUGAUGGCCGAUUUUGCCCUGGGGCAGGAUUCAGUGAAGCAGGUCGAUGAGUUUGGCUUCAUCUUUAAUAACGUGCACGCUCUGCUCACCUACAACAGCACCAGUUUUGUUUAUUAUCCCAAUCCCUCCUUUGAACCGCUGAGUGUGUCUGGAGUUCUGGAGCAGAAACCAGGAUCGCCUAUCAUCCUCAAAGGCAGGAAUCUGGUUCCAUCAGCACCUGGAGGUUCCAAACUGAACUAUACAGUGGUGGUUGGAGACGUUCCCUGUCUCAUCACUGUCUCUGAGACACAGCUGCUGUGUGAACCGCCUCCUCUCACCGGCCAGCACAGAGUCACGAUCCAAGUGGGUGGUCUCCACCUGUCUCCAGGUUCAGUACACAUCCAAUCAGACAGUCUCCUUACUUUACCUGGCAUCUUCAGCAUUGCAGCAGGAGGAGGCCUGCUCUUCAUCAUCGUCAUCCUUGUCCUGAUCGCCUACCGACGCAAAUCGCACGAGAACGACCUUACACUCAAGCGGCUGCACAUGCAAAUGGACAACUUGGAGUCCAGAGUGGCUCUGGAAUGCAAAGAGGCGUUUGCGGAGCUCCAGACAGACAUAAAUGAGCUGACAAGUGAUCUGGACCGGGCUGGAAUCCCACACCUUGAUUACCGCACCUAUGUCAUGAGGAUCCUGUUUCCGGGCAUGGAUGACCAUCCGGUGCUCCGAGAGCUGGAGGUGGCGGGCUGCGGGCAGCAUCGUGUAGAAAAGGCUCUAAAGCAGCUGGGCCAGCUGGUGAACAAUAAGACGUUUGUGCUGUCAUUUAUCCACACACUGGAGCUGCAGCGCUCCUUCUCCAUGCGUGAUCGUGGCUACGUGGCGUCACUCAUCAUGACUGCGCUGCACAACAGACUGGAGUUCAUCACUGACAUCCUCAAACAGCUGCUCUCUGAGCUCAUCACCAAGAGCAUGGAGAGCAAGAACCACCCCAAACUACUGCUGCGCCGGACGGAGUCAGUAGCAGAGAAGAUGCUGACAAAUUGGUUUGCCUUUCUGCUUCAUAAGUUCCUGAAGGAGUGUGUGAGUGAGCCGCUCUUCAUGCUAUACUGUGCUAUAAAGCAGCAGAUGGAGAAAGGGCCGAUUGACGCCGUCACUGGAGAGGCGCGUUAUUCCCUCAGUGAAGAUAAACUCAUCCGCCAACAGAUCGACUACAAAACACUGACGGUGUGCUGUGUGGAUGGAGAUCAGGAGGAUGGGGGUGUGGAGGUGGUGGUGAAGGUGUUAAACUGUGACACCAUCACACAGGUGAAGGAGAAAAUCCUUGACGCCAUCUAUAAGAACGUCCCGUACUCUCAGAGACCGCGUGCAGGGGACAUGGAUUUGGAAUGGCGGCAGGGCCGCACAGCACGUGUGGUCCUGCAGGACGAGGACAUCACCACUAAAAUUGAAAACGACUGGAAAAGACUCAACACACUCAUGCACUAUCAGGUGUCUGAUCGCUGUGUGGUGGCUCUGGUACCUAAGCAGAUGUCCUCCUACAACAUCUCAACGUCAGCCAGCUUCCCUCGGAGCUUCAGCCGAUACGAUUCGGUCCUUCGCUCUGUGUCAGCGGGCAGUCCAGAGAUCUCACGCUCUCGUGUGCCGAUGAUUACACCAGACCUGGAGAGCGGAGUUAAAGUUUGGCAUCUGGUCAAAAAUCACGAACAUGGAGACCAAAAAGAAGCUGAGCGUGGCAGCAAGAUGGUGUCUGAGAUCUACCUGACCCGACUUCUAGCCACCAAGGGCACGUUGCAGAAGUUUGUGGAUGAUCUGUUCGAGACGCUCUUCAGCACGGUGAAUCGUGGCAGCGCGCUCCCGCUCGCCAUCAAAUACAUGUUUGACUUCCUGGAUGAGCAGGCAGACAAACAUGGCAUCCAUGACCCUGACGUCCGUCACACGUGGAAGAGCAACUGUCUUCCUCUGCGUUUUUGGGUGAACGUGAUCAAAAACCCUCAGUUUGUGUUCGACAUCCAUAAGAACAGCAUUACGGAUGCGUGUUUAUCCGUAGUGGCUCAGACUUUCAUGGACUCGUGCUCAACCUCGGAACAUCGACUUGGCAAAGACUCGCCUUCGAACAAACUCCUCUAUGCUAAAGACAUCCCGCACUAUAAGAGCUGGGUAGAGCGGUACUACGCCGAUAUAAGCCGUCUACCGUCCAUCAGCGAUCAGGACAUGAAUGCAUAUUUGGCCGAGCAGGCACGUCUUCAUUCGCACGAGUUUAACACACUCAGCGCCUUGCACGAGAUCUAUGCCUACAUCAGGAAGUACAGCCUGGAGAUAGUGCAGUGUCUGAAGCAGGACACAUUGGCCCAGAAACAAAGACUCGCCUACAAACUGGAGCAGCUCAUUGCAGAUAUGGAUCAUGAGAGCUGAUCUGAGGGGAAAAAGAAAGCAAAAGACAACAAAAAAAAGGACAAAAACUGCCGACUGAUUAACUGAAUCAUCUGAAAGAGAACUGAACUGAGAUCACAAGUCGGACAAGUCAUGGUAACACGUUAUGGGGCGAUAAACUUCCAACUCGAUAUCGAAGGUUUCAGUGCAACACGGUAUCUGCUUCCAUAUUCAUUAAAAAAAGACAUCAAAUACCAUAAAACUAACUCUCUACCUAAGUUUUUUGCUAGCAUUUACCAGAAUAGUAUAAUGCACAAAACAAUGCAAGAAAGGUAUAACUAUAUCAGAUUUCCUUAUCACAGCUACAUGAUUUCCAGCCUACAGAACAGAGACUCCCCUGAGAGGAAAAGACAGAUAGAGGUUCUAACAUAAUCAUCACCAUCUACUGCAUGAAGUGGGAAGUUCUGCACCAGUUCUCAAUAGGCACCUUAAACAAUGAAAAUGUUAAAAUAUUAUAGCCUGCUCAUUAAAAUUUCAGACAACUUACACUUUCAUGUACACGUGUUAAUGCAGAGAUUUUGGGUUUACAUUAUGCAUGACAGAAAUAUGCCCGUAUUUAUUCUUCCAAGUUCAUAAACAUUUUUAUUAGCUUCAGUGUGUGACUCGUGUCUGUAACUGAUAUAAAACUGAGAGCUGAAAGAGUGUGGGUGGAUCCAGCUGAAGUCCAUGACUGUUGCAGCAGAUUGAUUUUUAAUUACACCAGUACAUAAGCUCUGUGUAUAUGGACCAAUGGUUUAGCUUGGUCCAAAAGUCAUGUCUUUUAAAAUAAAAUGAAGGCUUUUGUGUGUUA